CAAAUUUAGACGAAACGUGCACGCGCUUCAGAUACUGUUCUUUCUCCCCAGUUUCAUCGAAUUGUCCUUCAAUCAAUACUUCCACUCUACUUGAUUCAUGACAUGGACCCAUCUGAAGAGCCCAUUCACGUCAUCAUAAGAUUGCCCUACCCGCGUCCUGAAGGGUUUGUUGAUACUCCGGUGCGAUGGACUGAGGCAAUGGAGAAGACACUAUGGCAAAUCAUUGGACAGACAAAGCCGUCUUUAGUAGAUUGGAAUGCUGUAUCUCGGCAGCUUGGCAAUAUACCAGUGCACUUUUUGAUCAGACACGCAGCAUCUUUAUAUCAGAACCAACUUCAGGAUCUACAUCGUAUUGGAGAACUACAAGAUUCGACAGGACAAUUGCAAUCCACCUUUCGACAGACCACGCGGGGGGCUAUUGGACCAGGCGCUCCGGCCUUGUCGUUUGAUGGCACCCCAACUGCACAGCAACAUUCACUUAGCUCUCAAGGUGCAUUGAAACAGACAGAAAGCCCACGACCUAAUGUGACAAGUCCUAAUAUGGCCCAGCCUGCAGGGAAGGAAAUACAUGGUGCUAUAGGCAGCAAAACACAGGCGAGUCCAUCACUCUCAGACAGUAUUUCCGCCUUUCCUUCUUCUAUGCGACCGGCCUCCAUGUCCUCAUCAGCCUCCACUAUUCGCCCUGUUCAACCUUCCUCUCCUUCACCAUCUAUACGAAGUGCAGCUACCGCAGAAACCAAUAUGUACAACUCAGGGGCUCUUUCAAAGAGAGGUAUAUCACAAUCCCGAUCAUCUAGAGGAUCACAACUUUUGGGUACAGCGUCCGAAAGGCGAAUACAGAACGCACUAUCAACAAUCUCAACGUCUCCAAGGGAGGGAGCCCUAUUAACAGAAGCAAGCCAACGCAUCACAGAGCCAGCGCAUCCCUUCCACCAGGCCACGAUCUCGGCCUCUGUACGUCAUAGUAAUAUUUUGAGCCCAAGCGCGAGGAUAUCUUCUGGAUCGCAUGAUCAAGGGAGUUUGCCAGCAUUUCAGGAACAUGAGCGAUCAUCAACUGUAUCUUCUGUAUCAACUCCUUAUUCACAGAGCAAUAGCACUUCUCAGAUAUUUGAAGAAACAUCAUUCUUCAAUCAAUUAUCAUCAACUGACUCUAUUUCAAGAGGUCAGCAACAACGUACUCAUGAUGUAAAGCAUGAUGAGCUGGCCAGCGGGGAAGCCUUUCAACAACUACCAUUUCGACAAAAUGAGGGCACUUAUGGACUUGGAUUCAUGCAUCAUGCUCCAUAUUUCAGUGGGGAUAAUAAUGAGUCAAAUGCUGACGAGGACGAUGGUAAUGAGAGCAGUCAUACGGAUGAUGAUGCUGAUAGCACUAUUCAAGAUGAAUCCGGUUCUAUAAGUGAGCAGAUUAAGCAGCUUCAUUUAGAAGAUGUGCUGGCAUUCUUGCCAAGCGGCGGAGCUUCAGCAUCCAGUAUUUUGCAAAAGAAGCCUUUGGAGCAAAUAGACAAUAUCUAUCAAAGGAGGACUGCUUCAGGUAACAAUAUGCUCUUCCACUUAGAUGAUGAACUAGCGAACCUUGGCACUAGAGCUUUAGAAGAGAUUAUGGGGCAUGAUGGAGAAGAUGAAGAUGACCACAGAGUUCAAGGUAUUCGAUUUAAAGAAACGGUUAUACCGAACCGAGUAAGGGCACAAGGUCGCGAUGGAGAUUCUACGACUAAGAUAAAGACAAGCCCUGAACGAUCGGGUCCGAAUUCUCGGAAAUCGAGCGCACAGAACUCGGUCGGGUCGUCAUUUAGCGAUCUUUCAGAUUCAUCCGUCACUCAGUCAGCUAUGGAAGAUGCAUAUCUGUCUGGGUACAAUAAUUCAAAGAUGUAAGACUAAAUGUCUACUCAUGAAUCGAAAACAGUGUUAGUGAUAUUAUCAUUCAUCUAACAACAUCUCUUUUCUGAAGAUCCUUAUUCAUGCAAAGCUCUAGACGAAAUUAGAGUAAAAUAAGCCACGAU